GUACAUUGGUGUGUGUAGUGUUUAUUUUUUAAUUUGUCAGCAAAAACAUUUAUUUUCAAGGCAAAACAAUUUUUGAAGAGUUUGGAAAAUCGUUUUUGUUAUCUUGCAUUAAAUUUAAAAUGUGAAUAAACAUCUUCGGCUAUCAUACUGUUCUUCCUGUGCGUCUCUUGUGUUUCAAUUGUGUAUUUUCUAACUUAAAUAUUCAUUAGUUAAUUAUAAUGAACUGUAAAUUACAGCUGUAGUAAACAUUUAAUUGUGCCUAUCUAAUCUAAAUAAUAAGGUUGUUUACGACAAUUCCAUAGUCUAGUCCAAUUGUUUAACGUUGAGGCAACAUGGCUGAAGCCCAUGCUGCGGUCGCUUUUUCGUUUUCCAUCACCCAUGAGGGAUGGGAUGUGAAUUUGGACAGGGAAGUUUUGCAUGUGGUAUGGCAGAGCGGUAUCAGGUCUUGGAAGAAAAGGAUUGCUAGAUUACUGAAUAAUGUUCACAAUGGUGUAUAUCCAGGCCAUUACAGCUACCUGUGUGUCCUUAUUGGUAUUAUUUCAACAAUGCACCUUAACGGGUUCAGGGCACCCUUCAAUUUGCCUCAAAAAAUUUUGAGCAUAAGCCCCUCACAAACAAUUCAUUGGCAAAUAGGAGCCUGCACUAUUUCAUCUCUAGCUUACUGGCUCUCUGGAGUUUAUUUUUUAAGAUACAGCCUCAAAAUGAUUUUCAUGUACAAAGGCUGGAUGUAUGAGCCUCAGGGCAGGCAACCUUCUCUAGCUACAAGAAUUUGGCUUCGUUUAGUGAAAAUCGUUGGUGGCUGGAAUACGCCAAAACUAUAUAGCUACCAGAGCUCUUUACCGAGAUUACCUUUGCCAUCUCUUCACGACACAAUGACAAGAUACCUGAAAAGUGUCCGCCCAUUGGUUGCUGAUGCCAAACAUGAAAAACUCAAAGUACUAGCCUCAGAGUUUGAAAAUGGCAUUGGUAAGAAGCUGCAAAGAUAUCUGGUAUUAAAAUCUUGGUGGUCUACAAAUUAUGUUUCUGAUUGGUGGGAAGAAUAUGUUUAUUUGAGAGGAAGAUAUCCUUUAAUGAUUAAUUCGAAUUUUUACGGAAUUGAUGCUAUUAUGUUACAUCCCACUACUAAUCAGGCUGCAAGGGCUGGCUCUAUUAUUAAUUCGCUUUUGAUGUUUAGAAGAUUACUGGACAGACAAGAAUUAGAUCCAAUUCUUAUAAGUGGUUUGGUCCCUAUAUGCUCCUGGCAAUAUGAAAGGCUUUUCAACACGACCAGAAUACCUGGUAAAAAAAUGGAUAAAAUUGUACAUUGUGCAGACAGUAGUCACAUUGCUGUGUAUCAUAAAGGACGAUAUUUUAAAGUUUUCAUUUAUCAUAGAGGACGGAUUCUAAAACCAGCUGAAAUUCAAAUGCAAAUUGAACAAAUCCUCAAAGACCAAUCUGAGCCUCAACCAGGAGAAGAAAAACUAGCAGCCCUAACAGCAGGAGUAAGAACACAUUGGGCUCACGUUAGAGAACAAUAUUUUUCAAAAGGCGUCAAUAAAUCGUCUUUGGAUGCCAUCGAAAAAGCCGCCUUUGUUGUAGUUUUAGACGAUUUUCCUUAUGAAUUUGACAUGAAUGAUCCAUCUAAGUUGGAUAGGUAUGGAAAAGUGUUGCUUCAUGGAAGAGGAUAUGAUAGAUGGUUUGACAAAUCUUUUACCUUGUGUAUUGGAAGCAAUGGGAGAUUAGGUUUUAAUGCAGAACACUCUUGGUCUGACGCUCCGAUUAUAGCGCACUGCUUGGAAUAUAUUUUGCUUGAAGAGGCUGAUUUUACACGAUUUGACCAUAACGGUAACACUCUGGGCAAUCCGGAAUUCACCCCACCACCACCCAGCAGAUUAAAUUGGGAGAUUAGAUUUGAAUGUCAAAACGAUAUAGGAGCUAGUCUAGACAUAGCAAACAAGUUGAUAGAAGAUAUUGAUCUGAGGAUUUAUGUUCACGAUCGAUAUGGAAAAGGCUUCAUGAAAGGUUGCCACUUAGGACCAGACGCUUACAUCCAAAUGGCCCUUCAAUUAGCCUACUUCAGAGAUGCAGGCAAAUUCUGCUUAACUUAUGAGGCCACAAUGACAAGACUCUUCAGGGAAGGUAGAACAGAAACUGUAAGACCUUGCACUGAAGAAUCGUCCACUUGGGUUAAAACCAUGGAAGAUAAAAAUGCUUCGGUAGAAGAGAAAGUUAGAUUAUUGAGACAGGCUUGUAGAAAUCAUCAAAAAUUAGUCAAAGAUGGUAUGAGUGGUAAAGGCAUAGACCGACACAUUUUUUGCCUAUUUGUCGUUUCCAAAUACUUAGAAGUAGAAUCGCCAUUUCUCAAAGAAGUUUUGAGUGAGCCCUGGCGUUUAUCUACCUCACAAACACCUCAUGGACAAACUAAGAGGAUGGAUCUCAAAAAGCACCCUAAAUGCAUAUCAGCUGGCGGUGGUUUUGGUCCUGUAGCCGACGACGGAUAUGGGGUUUCUUAUAUAAUCGCUGGAGAGGAUUUGUUGUUUUUUCAUAUAUCAAAUAAGAAAAGUUGCCCAACAACGGAUUGUCAUAGGUUCGCGAAACAAAUUGAACAAGCCCUAGCAGAUAUGCAAGAGCUUCAUAUACAAUAUAAUCAAAUCGCAAGAGAUUAGCAAUUUUGAUUCUAAAAGGGUGCAUUGUUAAAGAUAGGUACUUAUUUAAACUAUGAAUGGAAGUUAUAUAAAUGACUGAUGACAUUUUAUUUUAUGUUUUAAUUGAAAGAUGUUCAAUGAAAAUAAAAUACCCAAAAAGUAUUUUAUUUUUUUUGAAACCACAUUUUGUUUAUUAUAGGGAUGGAUGUGACUUAAACAAUGCAAAUUGCGUUAUUUGACUGUUACAAUUUUUCAUUGUUUAAUAAAUAUUUAGUAAUUGUUUAUUGAUAUGUAAUAAAGAUUUUUCAAGAA